UAUCGAAACGCGAAAAGACGUGUUUAUCCGUUGAUCGGAAUGGCUUCAAGGCAAUAGUGGUUCUCUCGGAAAUGCCUCAUACCGCUCUCAUGUAUAUCACCCGCUAAAAUAGCCACCUCCCGACUCUGGCCACCUCCCAAUAUGUCCUCGGACCUGACCUUCACCCAAGGCCUUAUUCUUGGUCAAGUCUCGGUCGCUCUGUUUAUUGCAGCGUUCAUCAAGUUCUUUAUAUUCGGCGAGCCUCCUCCUCCUCCUUCCCGAUCGGCCAAUCGAAUUCCUAAACACGUUCGGACACCCUCUCUUCACAGUGUCGCCUCGUCCAAAACCGCAGUUUCACAGUCUCUUCGAAACAAAGCCAGCUCGAAUGUCCUCCGGCCAGUGCCCAACAAUGCCACCGACAUUGCUUCGAUCCUGCGUAAAACGUAUUACCAUAUACCGAAUCGACCCCACAAGAACAGCCAUUCUACUCACCAGCCCGAAAGCUUGGACUGGUUCAAUGUCUUGCUCGCGCAGACAAUAGCGCAAUAUCGACAGACCGCGUACAACCUUAGAGAAGGGACGGGAAGUACGCCCACGAUACUGGCAAGCUUGGAAGAAGCAAUCAAUAAUCCGGACAAGAGACCUUCGUACAUCGACAAAAUCAAGAUAACGGAGAUUUCUAUGGGGGAAGAGUUCCCAAUCUUCAGCAAUGUUCGAGUCAUCUCAAUUGAGGACGAUGCUUCAAGCUCUACUGGUGGAAGGCUACAAGCUUUGAUGGACGUGGAUCUUUCAGAUGACAACCUGACCCUCGCAAUCGAGACUGCACUCAUUCUCAACUACCCCAAACCCUUUUCUGCGGUCCUACCGGUUGCUCUCGCCGUUUCGGUGGUGAGGUUUUCAGGUACUUUAUCCAUCAGUUUCGUCCCUGCAACACAAGAUGAUCCAGAGGACGGAAAUUCGAAAAAGAAUGGUUCGACAGGAAAGCCCAAGACUAAUUUGGCCUUCUCCUUCCUCCCUGACUAUCGACUCGACCUCUCCGUGAGAAGUUUGAUCGGCUCGCGUACACGGCUACAAGACGUGCCCAAAAUUGCACAACUUGUGGAAGCACGAGCUCAGGCAUGGUUCGAAGAAAGAGUUGUAGAGCCUCGCGUACAGGUUGUUCCUUUGCCGGGCUUCUGGCCACGAAUGGGCAAGGUCAGAGUCAGAGAAGGCCAGGAUGACGACAGGCCGUCAACUCAGGACGAACACAGACCGUCUUCUUUCGUUGAGCGCAGAGAACAGCGGCCUACCGACGACUUCCCAUCACAAGAAGAAACGGAGAGAAUCUUUGAAGGUCUCAGAUGGCGUACAGGUCGUGAUCGAUCGAAUAGCCAGGUCUUCGAGCAUGACGAUGAUGGUGCAGCUCCACAAUUGGCGCCAUCAAUGCCUGGAGCUCUACCAGUUUGAGAAGACGCCGAGCCCUGGCUUACCUCUUCCAACGCUCAACCUCUAACAAUCGCAACAACGACUGUGCUGCGAAAACUGUUCAAUAACAUGGUCGCCUUUCACGCCACCUCGCCGCUAUUCCCGUCUGUUGGAUACACCUUGCACCAGGGAUUCUGGCCUGCUGGGCUGCAAACCGGUUUCCACCACAGGUGUUUCAAACAGAUAGUUUCAAGGGCGAGCCAUUCUUUGACCUGUAAUGACGAGAUGUGUCUUUUCAGCUGCUGCACAUACAGCCCACGAGGGGCCAUGGAGCUUGCGGCAAUUUCGCCGCUGGUAAGAGUCCAUAAGAGCACUUGACCAUGCGGAUCCCAGCAGUGUAGCCCCUCGCCUGCUUGAAGAAUUUCGAAAAGCAUGGAACUUACUGAGCCCUUAUUCGUUGCGUUGGUGGUAGCUGAGUAUAUCCAUUCACAGCCUUUGUAUGCGCAUCGGAGGUGCAGGGUUGUGGCAUAAAUAAACGCAUGAAAAACGACAGACCAUUGCGUUGUGCAUCGCAGCCAGGCUCCUUUGACUGGAUUGUCAUCCCUGCACUUUACUGGAACGGUGUUUGGCCACGAAGAUGUGGUAGCCUGUCGAAGCAGUGUCAUUCCAUGAUAUCCAUGGUACGAGUUACAUUAUAAGGCUCCGAUAUAGCAGCUGAUGGGUUUGAAUACUUACAUGAUCAAGAACCUUAUGAAGGUACAGGGAUAUUUGUUUACAGGCAGGGCAUCGAAUGGGUCUGUCCUGCCUUCACCAAGUCAUAUUUUCAGCCCGGGCAAGAGCUCAUGGUGAUAGUGAGUGCUCUUGUGAAGAAAAGUACUUGUUUGGUUCAACAGGCUGUGGGAAGAUUUUAUCUUGGUCGCCGUGGUCAUCAUGCCCGCUUUGCGCCGCCUUGCGCCGCCGCGUCAGUAUGCUUCAUGUCUGUAUUCGAACAGCUGGAUAGUCGCUUCUCUCUCAAUUUUCGAUGAACCUCUUUUGUGAUGUGCGC